AUGGCUUCUAGUUCUUUUUGCUCAUUUUGGGCUUUCUCGUGCUUUAUGGUUUUGAUGAGUGGCAUUGACACAUGCAUGUGUAGCAGUAUUAGAUUGGGUUCCACACUUCUAGCUAGUGAAAAUCAAACAUGGAAUUCCGACAAUGGAACAUUUGCUUUCGGGUUCACCCCUUCAAAUCCCAGAAACGAUCAGUUCCGUUUGGCCAUUUGGUUUGCGCAACUCCCUGGAGAUCGAACACUAGUUUGGUCCGCCUAUAUAAAAUCUCCGGUCAGCAAAAGUGCAAUCUUGGAGUUUGACACCACCGGAAAUCUUCUACUCACUGAUAAUCGCAACACUGUAUGGACGUCAAAUACCUCGAAUGCUGGCGUGGAAACUGCAGUCCUAUCAGAAAAUGGCAAUUUUAUUCUCUAUGGCUUCAAUUCAAGUAUUGUUUGGCAAAGCUUUGCCCAUCCAUCUGAUACACUUUUACCGGGCCAGCCUUUAUCAGCUUCUCUGGAGUUGACAUCCACUACGUCACCUGCAUAUGGCGGUUUCUAUACCCUGAAAAUGUUACAGCAGACCACUUCGCUGAGUCUUGCUUUGACAUAUAACUUGCCCGAGUAUGGUGACAUGUCUCCUGACCUUUAUGCCAAUUUUUCUUACUGGGCAGGACCUGAUAUAUCCAACGCCACUGGCAAUGUUGUAGCGAUUUUGGAUGACUCAGGAAGUUUUGGAAUCACUUAUGAUUCAUCAUCUGAUGGAGCUGUUUAUGUCUACAAGAAUGAUGGUGAUAAGGGAGGCCUAUCCUCAGCCAUAAAUCAGACCAUCAGGCCAUCAACUCUUAGGCGAUUGACGCUUGAGAUGAAUGGAAAUCUACGGUUGUACCGAUGGGAUGAUGAUGUAAACGGAUCGCGACAAUGGGUUGCUGAAUGGGCUGCCGUCUCCAAUCCAUGUGACAUUGCUGGCAUUUGUGGAAAUGGGAUUUGUAGUUUAGACAGGAGCAAGACCAUUGCAUCUUGUACCUGCUUGCCUGGUUCUGAUGUAGGCAAUGAUGGACAAUGCUGGGCAAAUUCAUCUUUGACUGGGAAAUGUGGCCCUCACAAUGAAAACUUGACGUCCCAGUUUAAGAUUUCAACAGUUCAGGAUACAAAUUACUAUUUCUCUGAGUCAACAGUCAUAGCAAAUUACAGUGACGGGGGAACUGUAUCCAAGUGUGGCGAUGCUUGUCUAUCUUACUGUGACUGUGUGGCUUCUGUAUACGGACUUAAUGAGGAAAAGCCUUACUGCUGGAUUCUGGGGAGCCUGGAGUUCGGUGGCUUUGCGGACACAGGCUCAACCUUGUUUGUGAAAGUUCAGUCUAAUGGCUCAUCAGGUGUUGACAGCGGAGGAAAUAGAUCAUCCGGGCACUCUUCAGAUGAUUCUGAGAUAGCCAAAAAGAAAGUUUUGGUGGUUCCAAUUGUUCUUAGCAUGGUGUUUCUUGUUUUGCUGCUAUGUUGCUUGCUCUACUUCAGUGUUCACAGAAAGAGAGCCAUUAAGAGAGCCCUGGAGAACUCAUUAAUACUCUCUGGAGCUCCAAUAAAUUUCAGUUACCGUGAUUUGCAGUUAAAGACUAAUAACUUUUCCCACUUGAUCGGUUCAGGUGGAUUUGGCAGUGUAUACAGGGGAAGCCUUGGAGAUGGAACGCUGAUUGCAGUUAAGAAACUCGACAGGGUUUUGCCUCAUGGCCAGAAAGAAUUCAUCACAGAAGUGAACACUAUUAGUUCAAUGCAUCAUAUGAACUUGGUUCGGCUAUGUGGAUACUGUUCGGAAGGAACACAAAGGCUUCUGGUUUAUGAGUUCAUGAAAAAUGGAUCACUGGACAAAUGGAUAUUUCCUUCAUACGACUGUGAAGAUAGGUUACUUGAUUGGUCAACUCGCUUCAACAUAGCUCUAGGAACUGCACAAGGCAUUGCCUAUUUCCACGAGCAAUGUCGGGACAGGAUAAUCCACUGUGAUAUCAAGCCAGAAAAUAUCCUUUUGGAUGAAAAUUUCUGCCCCAAAGUAUCCGAUUUUGGACUAGCUAAAAUGAUGGGAAGAGAGCACUCUCAGGUGGUGACUAUGAUCAGAGGUACCAGAGGUUACCUGGCCCCUGAAUGGGUUAGCAAUAGGCCUAUUACUGUAAGGGCUGAUGUUUACAGUUAUGGAAUGCUGCUUCUAGAGAUCAUAGGUGGCCGCAGAAAUCUUGAUAUGACUUAUGAUGCAGAAGACUUCUUCUUUCCUGGAUGGGCUUUCAAGGAGUUGAGUAACGGAACAGCACUCAAAGUCGCGGAUAGAAGAAUGGAAGGAGUAAUGGAGGAAGAAGAGCUGACUGUAUUAGAGUUGAUUGAAGAAGGCUUAGAUCAUGUUUACAAGGCAAUGAGAAGAGAAUUUAAUCAGUUUAGUUCCUUCACCAUUACUACCCAUCCAUCAUCUAGGGCAACCUGCAGCAAUUCCACCAUUGGGGUAAACGGUAAAUUCUCCGUACCUUAUUUUUUGUACCCACAAUGCAAAGAAGCAAAGUCAGAUCAAGAAACACAAUCGUCAUUCCGGCCGGGAGAAUUUACUGGAAUUGAGGAAGUCCUCCGCCGCAUCAGCGUGAAUUCCACGACGGUCGGAAAAGAGUGUAAGAAACCAGUUAGAAGCGCCUUCCGCUUCCCCCGGAAACCUCGAUCACGAGAACGAGUUCAGAGAAGCGACAUUCUUUUCUUCACUCUAUACCAUCAUGUAUGGGUUAAAUUUGUUGUUUGGUUGUUAUUACAACUUGAUUGUCAUCCAUUUAGUUUGUCCUUGACUAAUAUACGACUCCCAGCCUUACUGAAGAUCAGCUCUGAAAGGAACACUGUGAACCGCCUCAAGAAGGACAUGAAACAAUUAAAUCUCAAAUUAUCAGAACUACAGGCUUUGUUGGAGGAAAAAGAGGCCCAAUUGCUUCUGUCAAGGAGUAAUUCUUUAUUAGAAGCUGGAGCUGGCCACCUUGGCAGAACCAGCUUGUCAAACCCUGUAGCUGAUACCUCACAAGAAGUUAUGUUUUCGCCAAAGGUUUUGCAUGAAACUCAUGCACCUGCUCAAGCUUUUGAUUCUAGUUCGAGAAUUGAUAGUAAUCUCAAUGAAAUUCAGAGAAGCCAUGACUUGUUAAUGUCUCAAGAAAUUGAUCCUGAGCAGCAUCGAGAUGAAGAAUUUCCGGAAGUUAAAGCAGAAUUUCAGGAGACUUUUCUGGGACACACAAGUCCAAUCAGCCGCUGUCGUUUUUCUGCAUCUGGGGACAAUAUUGCUAGUGCUUCUCAAGAUGGGACGGUCAGGAUCUGGACAUAUGACUCAUCGGUGCCUGCAUCGAGGAAUGCAACUAUCUACUGUGGGGCUGAGGUCUUGUCGCUAGAAUGGGAUUGUAAAUCUGAUCGCUUGCUUCUCAUUGGCACUAAUGACGGAAGCAUUAAAGCAUGGAAUGUUGAUGCAAAGCGAGUUGUUUGUGAUCUUAAUACCGCUAAAGAAUUUCCAAGUGUCCUGGAUAUCAAAUGCAGCCCUGUGGAACCAAUUUUUGUCUCUGCCUCAGCAUCCAAAGGGCAGGGAACAAAUAUUAUUGAUAGUUUGGGGUUUGCAUCUUUGACUGUAUGGAACAUGCGGACAUGGAAGGCCAUGACAGUCCUUCCUCUUGGUGAAGAUCCUCCAGCGAUUACUUCUUUAUGUUUCAAUCACAAUGGGAAGCUUUUAGCUGCAGCGGCAGUGGACGGAAUGAUUCAUAUGUUUGAUAUGUCUUCGGGCCUGCAAAUAACUGGUUGGCCGGCUCAUGAUUCUGCCAUCAGCUCUGUUCUGUUUGGCCCUGAUGAGACCAGCAUAUUUAGUUUGGGCACAGAUGGAAAGGUACUUGAAUGGAGCUUGCAAAAUCAAGGAAAAGUUAUUUGGUCAAGAGACUGCAGCAGGUUCUGCAACUUCCCCAAUCCAAUGCACCACAGAAAUGAAAUGGCUUUAGAUGCUAAUGGAAGGAAACUUCUACUGACAUCUUGUUUAGUAAGAGCACCCAUUUACCAGGUAAUAUCCGUGCAUGCUUUUGUAGUAUGGAAGAUAGCUAAUGCUUUCAUCGAUUCUGUAUAGUAAAUCAUUUUUUGAUGGGGUUUUGUAACCUUUGAGAUUUUUGUACAUUUUUGGAUGAUAUCAGGUGCGAGGUGGUACCAAUGGGAUGCGAACUCUACCUCACACUGCAUCCAUAACAACAGUAGAUUGGCAUCCAACGCUACCAAUCUUCUUAACUGGAUCGGCUGAUAAUUCAGUGCGCGUCACAUCCAUGUUAUAAUGCAUUGUUCAAUUAGUCUGUUCAUGUAGAUGUGAACUCCAAUCUCAGACUGCUGGCACAAGUUCUUGUUGGUUCAUCUGUUAAAGCACCGAAGAAACACUCAAGUUGCCAGUUAACUUAGGUGCGAUGAAUUCUGUAUUUUUAUUCUUUUCGGUUGCUUGCGGGAGUCUGAUGUUGUUUGAAACACAUUUAGUGUAGUGUAACCAUGAGCUUUUUGGAUGUGAUCGUCCCAGUUGGACUGCUUUUAGUGCAUAGCAAAAAAAA